AAAGAGCAUUCUCAGCGAAAACAUAUUAGACACACGUAAGAGAGAUGGUUCUUAUUGGUAUAGUUAAUAUUUGACUGAGAUAACUCUGGCGCGACCGAGAUAAAAUAUUUCGCUCGUAAACAGAACAUAGUACUGUAAUGAACAGUGCGUUACAAGAUAGCAUGCGUAUUACGACAUUAAAUUAGCGAUUUCUUAGUAGGGACUGAAACCGAUAUGACUUCGAUGAGUUUAUUUUUUCAUAUCGUAUAUGUAAAAAAAUAAAUUUUGCAACAAUUGUCGCGUUUUUACUGUCGCGGAAAAUAUGCAUUACUUUUGCGUAACUGUAGAGCCAAAAUUUGAUCUUAUCAAAUUUGAUCUCUUCAAAGUUUCGUGUUCUCUUAUGUUUUAUAAGCUGCCAGUUUCAAUUUUUGUUUUUUAACCAGUGCAAAACAAAACACAUUUUUAUCGCUCAUUGUCAGGCGAAUAUUCGCGCACAACGCCCGAAGCUGGGGAGAUCUGGUCGCUUAAUUGAGUGUCAGAGCGUGCACGAAUUACCGGCCAAUCGACGAAGUCAAUUUUCCGUUUGAAACUUGCUGUUCUUCGCAGUCCGGAUCGCGCCGUGCGGCAAACAAGUGCUACCUUUGCCCUAUACCUGUAGGAUCAGCAUCCUGUGGAGUAUCGUGAGAGGUACUUUCCGAAUAAUGGGAGAAUGCAUCGCCGUAGCAUCCACCUCAGCGAGUUGCGUCUAUAGGAGUGACUAAUACCAUUGACGGACGGUUGAUAUUAUUGAUUUCGAGUAUCUAAGGGCUCGGUCUAACAGUUGCGAAGUGGCACCUUCGUGGAUCAAGAGUUCUGUGAUGGAUGUUCACGAGCGUUUGAUGAUUCAUUCGCCUACCUGAGUCGAGAAGUCUCCGUGCGGGAAGCAGCGCGACAGUGUGUUGAUCCGAUGAUAAGAGGGGUAACAGACACCAAACAUGACCCCGUUCUUUGAGAAUGACUCAAAGCCGCUUGUCGGCGAUAAUUACGUGUUAAACAUUCUGAACUAUAUUAACGAUCUGAACGACUCGUACAACACCGAGCACAUAAAGUGCUUGGAAUUUCAUCUGAACCAAAACAAAUCGCAGGAGCAGCAGGAAUGCGAAGUGAACUGGGACAAAAUACUGUGCUGGCCGGAAACGUCUCCCAACACCUUGGCCACGAUACCCUGCUUCAAUGAAUUCAACGGAAUACUUUACGACAACACCCAAAACGCAAGUCGGUGGUGUUGGUCCAAUGGGACAUGGGACAAUUAUUCCAAUUACUCCCUGUGCCACCCUAUGCAAUUGCCCGGGGCUAUUGAGUCCGGGGUCGAAAUCACGACUACAUUAUAUUUCAUCGGUUACAGCCUCUCCUUAUUUACCCUGAUAGUAGCGGUCUGCAUAUUCAUUUAUUACAAAGAACUACGGUGCCUCAGAAACAACAUACACACGAAUCUAAUGGUGUCGUAUAUCCUGACUGACUUGACAUGGAUCUUAACUACUGUGAUGCAGGUGUCCAUGCAACCAAACAUCCCAACCUGCGUGACACUUUUCUCGCUUGUUCACUAUUUUCAUUUAACGAACUUUUUCUGGAUGUUCGUCGAAGGUCUGUAUUUGUAUCUGUUGGUCGUGAAAACCUUCGCCGGCGACAAUAUCAAGCUGAGGCUUUAUAUGGCGAUAGGCUGGGGUGUUCCGGUGCUCGUGAUAGCCGUGUGGGCAAUCGCCAAGUUGCUGGGUCAGAGCGUUAUGAAUCAGGCCAACCAGGAAGAGGCACUCUGGAAGCAUUGUCCUUGGAUGACACCACACCCAUAUGAUUGGUUUUAUCAAGCACCAGCUAUAAUAGUUCUUGUAGUUAACAUGGCCUUCCUUUUCAUGAUUAUGUGGGUGCUGAUAACAAAGUUGUGGUCGGCCAACAACGUGGAGACGCAGCAAUAUCGGAAAGCCAGUAAAGCUCUCUUGGUGUUAAUACCACUUCUAGGAGUGACGUACGUGCUGGUCAUAGCGGGGCCUACGAAAGGUCAAGUCGCGAAUGCGUUCAGCUAUGUACGCGCAGUAUUGCUUUCUUUGCAGGGCUUCCUCGUGGCGUUGUUUUACUGCUUCCUCAAUACCGAAGUGCAGAAUGCCGUGAGGCAUCAUUUCGCACGAUGGAGCACCGCGCGAAACCUCGGCAAUCGCCGAGGAAGAUAUUAUAACAAUUGGUCGCCCCGUUCAAGAACGGAGAGUAUAAGGUUGUACUGUCAACCGUCAAAUCCGUACCAAAAACGGGAAUCCACUGUAAGUGAAACUACCACUACGACAGUGAUAGGCGUGAAUUCCACCACGACGUUCUUUGACAAAUCCAAGAAGAUUAUUUCGGAGGAUCUCAACGAGUAAGACAGAGCUUGCAAGAGGAAUUUCAAUAUGGGACGAAUCUCGUUGUAUCGCAUCAUCUGUGAUAAAAGCUAUGUUUUUCACAGAUGCAGCUAUAUGAAAAUUGCUGUAAUUCGCCGCAUUUUCUUCGAAAUGUUCGCGUAAGCAUCUUCAGAUGAAAAUAAGGAAAAUAAACAUAAGGAAAUAAUAAUCCACGAACAAUGACAUUAAUUUAUUUAAAAAUGAUAUCUUCAACAUAUCUUCGAUAUUUUAAUACCAUUAUUAAAGUUCCUGUUUCCUCAUUGUAGUCUAGAAAUAGUCAAUGUGGAAAAAUCAAUAUUGUUGAAGACUCGUAUAUCUUUGGUUCGUGGAUUAAUAAGAAAACAAAAGGUAAAAAGAAUUAUAUAUAAUCUUAGAAUCUCAAUUAUAUAACUCCGAAAAAAUAGGGGAGUUAAAAAAAUAGACGGAAAUUUCUUUUGUAAAAAAAUUGAAUUUUAAAUUGCAAAACAUAAAUAUUACUUACUAUUAUUAUAAUUAUUUUUGUUAUGUUAUUUUAUGAGUUAUUUUAUUAAAGAUUUCUCUAUCAAAUUGUAAGAUUUUUGUAUGUAGAUUUAUGUUAGGUAAUCACGCCUACAUGAGCAAAAGAACCAAUUAAUUCUCUCUCUCCUUCUCUCCUUUUCAUUUAAAAUUGUAAAUAAAUUUCUCAUUAGCAAGAGACUAAGACUGUCAAAGAAAAGAACAUUACGUGCUAUAAUAAAAUAUUAAAAACAGUAUAAUAGACAAGAUAAUACAUAAAUUGCUGUUAUGAGUAUAAGAUAGCAAUUAUUCGAACAAUUGGGAGACAGCUUAAAUGCAAUAAAUUGGUACAUACUGUUAUCGAUAAUUCCGAAUAUGCAUUACACUUUCAAAGAAAUAUAUAUGUAUAAAUUAUAUGAAAACCCGUAGAGCCUACAACGAAAACGAAAAUAAAUGUUUAUUACACGAAUUGUAACAAGAUAUCUAUGUGUUUUUCAAGUGCGAAGCGCACAGUUAUAUGUAUUUUGUAUGUAUGUAUGUGUAUGUAUUGUAUAUAUGUAGUUAUAUAUAUAUAUAUAUAUAUAUAUAUAUUGUUCUUCAAAAAGUAAUAUUUAUAUAUAAAACUACACGGAUAAUUGUGAACAUUUUGUUAUAUGCUUCUUAAAUUUAGAAAUUUUAAUUAUUGCAGUGUGAGAUGUGGUAAACGUCGCAAAUAAAUAUACACAUUUUUACAUAAUUGUAAUGUUCAGCUUUUAAAGCUUGCUGUAAUGGUUGAAAACAUGGUGGAAAAUAAGAAAAAUUGGAAAAGUUGUAAUAUUUAUUAAAGUAAAUAAAAUGUUUCAAUGAAUAUUAUAUAUUUUCUAAAUGUUUAAAUUUUUUUAUAUCUAUAUGUAAUUAAGUAUAACAUUUUUUGAAAAGAAAAAGAUGGAACACACAUGGUUCGUAUCAAAAUGUGCAUCUCUGAAACUGCAUCUUGUAUCAUUACAUUACGAAUUUUAUUUUCUCCUGCACAUAUUUUAAAUAAAUCAAUAUUUUUCACACGAUAAAAGUAUAGAAUAAGCUAACAUACAAAUUUUUGUUAAGCUCCACAAAACAUUUGCCAAUACAUUUUGUACAUACAUAUACAUAUAUAUAUACUAUAGUAUAUAAAUUAACAUGCGAAAUUGAAGGGUAUAUUAUUCGUAUACGCUUCACUACAGAUUUUUGGACAAUUUGAUAUUUCAUGUUAAUAUAUAUAAAAUUCGAUUUUAAAAGUGCUAAAGAAUGUCCUAAAUUCUUGGUUUCACAUCUUAUACGUAUAAACAGUUCUAAUGUAUGCAAUUGUCACCUGAAUAGGUAUUCUGCUAUGUACAGAAAAAUAAAUCCCACUGCUUCAUGUGUUUGUUUACAAAAAUUCUUGUACUAAAAUUCUCUUUAUAUAAACCUUAGUUUCCCGAAAUCAUUGUUUCUCUCACACGGUAUGAAAUACAUAAAUUUUGUAGCAUAAAUUCAUCGCACUUGCGUAUAAAACAGUUAUUCGAUCCCCUAUUUUUGAUCCUAGAAUACUAAGAGAGAACGAAUAAAGUAUAAAUACAUUUUAAAGAGUGUUAAAUCACACAGAAACAUGUGGCUAUAAUUUUGAAUUUAUUUCCCAAUGAUUUAAUAUUUCUAUGUUAACAUAUAAAAUAUAAAUUUUAAAAA